AUGCUGUUCUGCAACGCUUAUUCCGGCAUUUUAGGUUUUGUGUGUGAUGGCUGUAAAAUAGAGGAUUUCGAAGGUUUACGAUAUCAUUGCGAAAUCUGCAUCGAUUACGAUUUAUGUGAAAAGUGUCAUGAUGAUGGGAAAGAAAGUUUACAACAUUUAAAAGUGCAUGCUAUGGAACGCAUUUCAGACUGCAGUCCUUCUCAAUCUGCUGUUGCACUGAAUUUGCCAGUGGACAGUUCAAUGUUACCUGAUGGAAGCAAUGACAAUCGAAUAAGUGAAGUGGAAUAUCUCUCUAUUUUAUUGGAUUUUUGUCUUCGACGUUUUAUUGAUGAGCCAAUACGUUGUGAAUACAUUAAUACUGUCCAUUUCAAAGAACGUUUUGCUGAUGCUUUAAACUGGACGAAUGGUUUCAUCGCAAAAUUAUCUGGUAGCCGUCUGACCGGUUUAGUCGAACAAUAUUUCGUUGAGUUGGCUAACGAUCGUANUGAGAAAUCACUCAAAAUAAGACAAAUAGUCAUGCCUGCAAACCAUCCCGAUUUGGCUAGCUCCUACAGAAACAUCGGCGAAGUAUAUUGCCAUAUGUAUAACUAUAGACAAGCAUUGGAAUUCUACUAUAAAGCUCUUGAAAUCGACAAAAAAGUUUUGCCCCCGAGUCAUCCGAAUUUGGCUUCUUCCUACAAUAACAUUGGUGCUGUACAUUUCGACAUGGGUAAUGCUGCCAGUGCACUGAGAUGUUACGAAAAAGCGCUAGAAAUCUUCGAAAAAAACCGCUCGACCAAUCAUCUCGACCUGUCUGCAACUUACAGUAACAUCGGUCACGUGUAUCACCGCAUGGGCCACUAUUCACAAGCAUUGGAAUUUUACUACAAAACUCUUCAAAUCGACGAAAAAUGUCUAUCUUCGAGCCAUCCCAGGUUGUCUCAAUCCUACAAUGCAAUCGGCGCAUUGUAUAGUAGUAUGGCUGACUACCCGAAAGCACUUGAGUAUUUAUUAAAGAUUCAGGAAAUCUACGAAAAAAGUUUACCUGUGAAUCACACUAGUUUGGCUAGUUUUUACUUAAACAUUGGUGACGUUUAUCGUCUUAUCGGUAAUUAUGAGAAAGCCCUUUGGUUUCAACAUGAAGCAAAUAAAAUAUUCAAAAACAUUUUGCCAUUUGAUCAUCCGCAUAUGGCUGUUUCCUAUUGCAACAUCGCUGCAGUUUACCGCGACAUGAAUGAUAACUUCACAGCGCUUGAUUUUUACGAGAAAUCUCUACCAAUCUUAGAGAAAACUGUAUAUACCGAUCAUUCGUAUUUAGCUAUUUGUUAUCACGGUAUUGGCACAGUUCAUCGAAAUUUGGCCAAUUACACAAAAGCAUUAGAAUUUUUUGAAAAGUCACUUAGAAUAAGAGAAAAUUUCCUGCCUCCUGAUCAUCCUGAUAUCGCUCAAUCCUACCAUAACAUUGGUUGUAUCUAUCAGACCAAUGGGGAUUCUUACAAAGCGAUAGAUUUCUAUGAGAAAGCAGUUAAAAUAACAGAAAAGUGUGGAUAUUCGCAUACUCCGUCGUCAGUAAUAUUAUACCAGGACAUAGCUACAGCUUACUUAGUUGUAGGUCAGAUGUUGAUAGUAGCGCAAAUGAAUUUCAAAUUGGCACAUAAUAUUCUUCGUAUUACAAAUCCAAAUGAAUUCAUUCAAUUUUACCUGAAUAACUUCGGUAUGCAAAAUACUUUAAUUCACAAUACAUCGUACAAUGUUAGUCUCUUGGGCUACCCCACAAAUUAUGACGAAAACUUCAACAAAACUUCGAGUGCAUUUCCAUCGCCAACAUUUCUUGAAUUACAUCAUGCGGGUGCAGUAACAAAUAUCUCAAUGGUUAAUUCGGGUAGUGUAAAUGUCUAUUGGAAGAUGGGAAUCACAUUACACGAUGUUGAUCAUGCAAGAGAAAUCUUACAAUCGAAAGGAAUCAAGACAAGUGAUCCGUCACAAUUCGAAAAUAUUGGUUAUGUGUGUCAUCUGACAGAUCCAAAUGGUUUUAUCAUUGAAUUAUUACAGCAUCAUUUUCAAGAAACAUUUCUUAAAAAACACCUACCAAAAGAGAACUUUCGAUUGGGAUAUCCAUGUUGUAUUGGACAGAUCACAUUACAAGUGAAUGAUAUAGAUAAAACUCAAAACUUCUAUGGUGAUGUAUUGGGUAUGGAAUUGUUGUCGAUACAAGAAGUACCACGAUAUGGUUUUACGCUAUAUUUUUAUGCUUGGACAGAUGAAGAUCCACCCAAAUCGGAGGUGAUCAGCACGCGUGAAUGGUUAUGGAAACGACCAUAUACAACUAUUGAACUACGGCACUUUCAUGGAACAAAACAGAUACCACAUUUUACAGAUUUACAAAAAGAUGAAAUCGGCUUUCAAGGUAUUCGAAUAAUGUGUACUGAUCUAGAUUUAUUUAAAGACAAAAUGACAGAAGAAAAUAUUAGUUUCAACGAAUCGAAUGGAGCAUUCGGAAGAGAAAUUGUCAUUCGAGAUCCCGAUAAUAUACCGAUUUAUGUUACAACCAAAUUUGAAUAUCAUGCGCUUCGUACCAACUACCAUUAUGAUCCGGAUACAGACAACGUUUUGUAG